AGCCAGAGAUGGGUACUAAGAAGCUGUGGGUACCUAAAUAUGCACCCUUGAAGCAGCUACCGCUAGAGGAAUAUCAUGACACUGUGUUAGCUGGACACUUUGGCAGCAACAAAACCCUGACAGGCGUCGCCAAAUGCUACAACUACCCGAACAUGGCGACAGACAUCCAGGAGCAGGGCUCUCUUUUGGAAAAAAUCGUAGCAUUAAGCAGAAGGCCUCCUCCAACCACUGCCCGUUCCUGUACAGCCUUGGCAUACAGUGAGCCUGGACUUCAUUAUAGGAUACCCGCGUAUGGCAGUAGGACACGAUGCAAUCAUGGUGGUUAUCGACAAAUUCAAAAAAAUCGGCCACUUCAUCGCUACGCACGCGAACGCCACUACCAUAGAAACUGCUCGACUGUUCUUCUACCGAGUCGCUUACCUCCAUGAGAUCCCCAGGACUGAUUUCUGACAG